AUCACUUCUUUGGUGUAUAGAGAAAGCUAUCAACUCUAUGCAAGAAUUUCUUUCUUUUGAAGUCUGUUUGAAGGAAUUUUUUCUGAAAUGAUUUCUCUUCCUCUCCAGUCAAGACUCAAAGUUAAUGGCCAGUCCCUUAGAAAAAGUUCACAGUGGGGAGGUGUAUUAAAAAGUGUGAUGGACGCACAGAGUUGUUGUUUUGUUCAUUGAAUUGAUAUAGGUAAUAGCUUGAUUCGAAGUGAUAUUUGGCAUAAAUACCACGGUUGAUGUUUUGAAAUUUGAGACAAUUUUGAAGUAUCACGAGUGGUAUUUAUACCAAAUAUCACGUACAAAUCAUGUUAUUAUUUGUUUAUACUACUACCCGCAAAAGGUUUGUAAUUUUUACAUGUAGGUACAUGUAUUUCAAAUAAAGCUGAAAGACCACUGCCCUAAGCCAAUCAAAUUGCAGAAAUUUCUCAUGCAGUAGUACCGAUGUAUAAAUGACAUUAUUGUACUUUUCAUUUUCCACUCCCAUUGCCUUGACCAUCAUCAUUGCAUAAGCUCUCUCCCUCUCUCUUUCUUUGUUUUGUUUUGUUUCUCUCCUAGCUGAAUAUUUUAUCUGUUUUUAAUAUUAAUGUUACCAUGGAAUUUGCUUCUAGGUGCUGAUAUCACAGACUACUUUAAUUAUGGCUUCACAGAAGACACAUGGAAACAGUACUGUGAGAAGCAGAGAAGAAUGAGGAUGGAAUUACAAAUGCCAAAGAAAAUAUUUGUAAGUUGAGCUAAAUGCUUUCGCGGGCCUCUUAUAAGAGGCUAAUGGAGAACGUACCAGAAUGUUUGUACUCAUGUAGGUGAAAAUUUAGAAAAAAUGGGUCAAUUCGUUUAGGAUGACCUAUUUAAAGGAUUGAUAAGGUAGAUACAUAAAUAGAAAGUGACUAAGUUGGGAUCGCGAAAAUUACAUAUUUACCCAAAAGUGACUAAGAUGGGGUCUAUAAUUGGCUACAGAAUAGACUGUAAUGGGUUAGGGGCUCUGAGAAGCCAGCGGAACAUACCCAGCAGAAAUUAACCCAAGUACCCUCCCUCCCCUGGAGCUCUCAUUUUGUUCAAGCUUGGCGAUAUUUCUUUCUACUGUACAAGAUGAGCAUAAACCAAGAUAAAGUCAGCGUCACAAGCUCUACGAUCAUUAGUUCUUCGCUCCGCAUAAGCGGUUACAGGUAUUGGUGGAUUUCCACUGUCGCGUAUGUUUUGCAUUUGUGUACACGUACGUAAAUUUUUACUCUCUUAAAUAAAAUUGAAGCAAGAUAUAAAGUGUUGAGCUUAAACGCCAAGUUGAGAGAGGUUCAACUCUUACGUUUAUGCGCGACCUUUCAUAAAUUGCCUCUAUUUCAUUUGUGAACGUAAAUUUUACGCCCGUACGCACGUAAAAAUUACGCGACAGUGGAAAUCUACCCUAUUUCAGGUGUAAAAUAAAAUCGGUGAAAGCGGCCACAGUAACUUUAAAUGUUUGACAGGAAUGGAAAAAUCAGUUCGUAAGUCUGAGUAGGCGUGAGGUUUAGGCUAAGGCUCGCAGGUCCACCUCAUACCUGUUUCAAACUUUUAGAUAGUGGGUAGAUCUGUGCUUUUGUCUAACCCUUGUUAUCAUUAUACAUCCUUUUCCAUCAGGUCCAUCCACCCCCUGUUGACACUGUUAUAAUGCCAGAUGGUAAGUAUUGUUUUUAAGGUUUGUACACAGAGAAGACGAGGAGAGUAAAUGUAGAAGGACGCCUCCCUGACCAAUUUUGUCGCACGAACAUAAUACCAACACUCCGGGUCUUUUAAGAUAACUGAGGAAAAAGUGCUGCCUUUGUAAAGACAUCUGCAAACGGUUAGGGUUCUUUCCAUUUGUCAGAACUGGCCGGUCAGACCUUUCCCGUCGUAAUGACAAUUUUACUUUUAAUCAAAACUAUCCAGCCAGAUCAGUCAAAUCCUAAAUAGUAUGCACGUUUUCAGCAAAAACCGUUUGGAAAAAGCCGAUUUCAUUUGCUAACUGACUGGUCCGGCCGGCCAGUUCUAACAAAUGGAAAGCGCUCUUAGACUUUCUAGUCCUCUCAGAUAAGGAGGAAAAACCGUAGGCCCCUUCUCACAACCCUUCCACAUAUAAAUUCUGUGGAACGUUAAACAACCCACACACUGUUCGCAAAGAUGUUCAUGAAUGUAGGAGAAGUAGUCCGCGGUGUGGUGGUCUAUCUCUCAUGACCUGUCUGUGGGUCUCGGAGAGUAGAGUUUCUACAGUUCUGCCGUUAUGUACUAAAAUUUCAUCUUUUUUGUUCAAUGUGGUGUCUAAAAUUAUUCAUAAUAUCUUUUUGUUUUUGUUACACUGUAUAUAGGGAGCAAGGGUGGGGCAGUGGUGAGAGCACUCGCCUUCUCCCAAUGUGUCCCGGGUUCAAAUCCCGGCGUCGAUGCCAUAUGUGGGUUGAGUUUGUCGUUGGUUCUCUCCUUUGCUCCGAGAGGUUUUUCUCCGGGUACUGUGGUUUUCCCCUCUCCUCAAAAACCAACAUUUCCAAAUUCCAAUUCGACCAGGAAUCAGGUAGACGAAGAACCACUAUGUGGAUUUGCUUCCUGCAAAUCGUUAUUUAUUUAUUUAUUUUAUUUAUUUUAUAUAGGGAGACCCAGAAAGGCCGGUCCUCCUCCUGAGCGCAAGCUAGAAGGAAGUAUAGAUGUUAUUGGAGGAGAAGGUUCAAGAGGUAUGUGGAUUGUUGUACUUUGAAACUUUAUUUGAUGGCAAAUACAAUCCCUCUGUAUUUUUAAAAGCAAACUAAUUUAGUUUUCUUUUUAUCAGUGGUUUUUUUAAUAGUUUUUAAUAGUUUUUUUUAAUAGUUUUUAAUAGUUUUGUAUAUUCUGGUAUAGUUUUAUUUAUUAUUAUCUUAGAGUUGGCGUAAUGUCCCAAACGAUUUUGCCGACAUAACGAUAUUUAGAUUUAGAUUUAGAUUUAGAUACAGUACUUCAUGGUUGAAUGCCAUAUACACGACAAGCCCACAAUGCCUUGCGGCAAUAUUCUAUUUGAUUGCCUCCCAAUAGACACGCUGUUCAUCGCUCUUACUGAUGAGUUUCCCCGUAGUCCUCAACACAACUUAUACGUGAUCCAACGUCAUCAUGAAGACCUGGACACUCGACGACAUUUCAGUCCAUUUUCUUGUUGAACUUGGAUACGGUUCCCUAAUAAAUCCAGAAAAAUUCGCGAACAUUUGACCACAUAGCCACUACGAAUUUCCUUUUCGUGUUCGUUCAAAUUCGCUUUCUAACCUGCCUCGGCUCCUGGAGCGAUUAAAAUAAUGCUCGGUAGAAGAUGCACACUGGUUGUGACGAUAAAGGCCACACGUAGCCGGAUAAUUUUGAAAAACGGAGAGUUUUUCUUCCUUUCCAAAAAAUCCGCGUUGGGAGCGUUCGCAUUCUCUGGUAUCCAACAACUCUACGUAAUCUUUUUCAAAAAGAAGCUAUGUUUUCAUCCAUUCGAACGAGUACGGAGUUUUCAAAACUCUUCCCUCUGGAGAGCGUUUUUUAAAAGAUGCGUUUUUGGUGACUGUCUCAACUGAAUACGUGUGAACGAUAGGCCGAACCGAAAAAAUAAAUCUCUGAUUUCAAACAAAAACGGAUACAUGUGGACGGGGAUAAGAAACCUUAUCUGGUGCUGACUGACAGUGUUCUCCUUAUCAGGCGGCAUCCGGUAAAAUUUACCGUCUGAAGCAACACUUCUUAGUACUUGCUAGCGCUGAAGGUUUACUGUAAUAAAUAAGUUGUUUUAAAAAAUACGCAAGUUGUGAUCCGAUCUGAUCAAGGUAAUGAAUGAAUAUAUGGAAGUGCACUAAAGUAUACACAGCUUUUCUUUUUAUGGGCCACGCAUUUUGGAAAGAAAACGUUGAAGACGGGGUAAAAUUAUUGGAAUCAAACGUUUUAAAUUGUUGUCUAAAGAUAACAACGGCUGAUUUGCAUAGAAUGGGUCUUAAAAUGAGGUAAUGACGUUUCAGAGAACUUAGAGCCUAAAUUUCACAGCGAGGUCGAAACCAUGUCCCUCACUCCACUAACCCCCUCCCCCAAGGAAAGUGCGCUUCUAGCACAUUUUUUUGCCUUACCGGCCAUGAAUGGUCCCUUACCUGCUGAGCUAAAAAUUAGGGAGAUCAGUACUGACUUGAUUUUGUUUUUACAUUAGUUGAAAGUCGCAGGCGACGUGACGAGGAUGUAAUGAUGCCGAUGAUGGGUGAGGGUAUGAAUCCUGACAUGGGUCCACCACGCCCAAGGCACUUUCCACCAGGUGAGGAAAAAACUACGACACAUUCACAUCGAAAUUUUCCUAGAUAGCUAAAGAGGUGAUAUUCGUUAAAGAAAUAUCAAAAAAAGGGUCAAAUGCGUUUCGGGUGUAUGACCCUUCUUCAGGGUGAGGAAAACCGUUGUACAGUACUACGCAAUACCAUAGACAAAAAUGAUCCAAGCGCCCGCGCGUGUGCCUAAGAUGUAUAUAAUGUCCCUGUUGAAAAAAAAGUGAAAUUGAUAUUCAGCCCUUUCGGCUGAACGGUGCCUGGAUGGAAAAUUAACCGCAUCUCAGGCUGCUUUCGUUGAAUAUUACUACCCCUGCAUAACACCACACCACGCACCUGGACAUCAGAAAUACUGUGGCCAGUGGAGUUGAAAUGUUAGGCCACAGCACACCCAGGAGUGUCGAAAUUUACCUGCUUAUGUAAUAAAAUUUCAGGUUAAGCCCGAAUCCAUUGGUAAAUUGAGUAAUUUCAAUUUUCUGUGGACAAAAUCUUGUACGCUUUUCAAGGGCUAUAGAUAUAUUUAGUUGUCUGUAAUAACACCAGAGAUAAUUUCUUAUGCGACCCCGAGAAAAUAGAUUUCAAAUUUCACAGGAAUUGUGACUGACACGGGUAAAAUUCAUUUGUAAGAUUUCAUUUCAGUGUCAUUUCGUGUACUUGACAUUUAUUUUCUCUAGUUCCCAGAAGAAAUUUUCUUUGAUGUUAUUGCAAAUAACUAAUUACAUCGAAAGUCCUUGAAAAGUAUAAAUUAAAUUAUUCUAUAGCCCUUUUUGUCCAAGUGUUAAAAAUGGAUUCCGUCUUAAAUUGAGUUGCUUGAAAUCAUGUGUUUCAAUGUUAGUAGUGCAUCAUUUAGCAUAGUUUAUUGUUGUGUACAAGUUUGAGUGAUUACUCUCUUUGUUCUGUUUAUUCUGUCCACUCUGGUGUUCACACGAUAUUCCAACUCAACCGGAGUACACGAAUAUGGAAACCCUGAAUAAUGAUAAAAUCUUGCUUGAAGUCUUCUAAUGUGUUGAAGUUGCUACCUUGAACACAUCAGAAGACAGGAGGAAAGUUUUAUCUGUUCAUUUUCCCAUUUGAGAAAUUCCUAACUUGAAUUUGCCGCUUGCCACGAUUCUAAUUUUCUCUAUUGCAUGUUGCUCGUUUCCCAAUAGGUGCCCCAGGGGGUCCCCAUGGUAUGCCCCCAGUCUCAGGUGCGCCCCCGUUCAUUCCUCCGCAUACUGACCCCACAAUGGGACCUCCGACAUCAGGACCACCCCACGGAAUGCCCAUGCAUGUGCCUCCCGGAGCUCCAAUACCUCACGGACUGCCCCCUCCAUUCAGACCCAUGGGACCAGAUGGACCUCAUCGCCCGGAAGGAGCACCCCCAGGGAUGCCUCCGCCGGGUAUGCCGCCUAUGCCUGGUAUGGCAGGUCCACCACCGCACGGAUUUCCGCCGGAAAUGGGGAUGCCACCGGACGGAUUGCACCCGCCAUUUGAUCCAAUAGGUUUGGAAACUAAGUUUUAGCGAUUUCACGCCUAUUGUAUAACAUUUGUUUUGAAUAAUACUUGCAUACAACAGUCAUUACAACAGUCAUUAGUCCGUACAGAAUCUGUCAAGAAAGGAACAUUUUAUACCGGAGCCCAGGCUUUUAAUAAUUUGCCACCCCAUCUGAAGGAAGUUGACUCCAUAGUGAUUUUUAAAACACUUCUUAAUGGUAUUAUUUUUUAGAUUUCUUGUAAAUAUUUUGGAGUUUUUUAGAGUCUUAAUUUACGUAGUUAUACAAUUCUUAGUUUUUAUCCAUCGACAUUGUACAUAGUUUUGACAUUUUUCUGAUAGUUGUUCUGUUAUAGUUAUUUUUUCCUUUAAUUGUGAAUUUUUUAGUUGCCUAGGGCACCCAUUUAUAACAGCUUCAGCUGACGGAUUUACCCUGGUUAAAUAUGUUGUUAUUAUGAUGAUGAUGAUGAUGAUGAUUAUUAUUAUUAUUAUUAGGGAGCUUUUGAUGGUGACGUCAACUAGAACGGCAAAAAAGCAACAGGUUUAGUUUGGCAAAACAACAACUCUACACGUGCAUCACACGUUUUUGUACACAUUUUCUUUGCCGUCACUGUACGACGUCGACGUGAAACUUCCUAAUUUCACAUUUUGUGGAAGACGUGAACACAAGACAACGAGUUUCUUUUUUUUUUCCCUGAACUUUGAUGCAGUAUUUUAGAAUUCAACUCUAGAAAAAAUUGCCAACAUUUGACGAAUUGAACGAGAUGGAAUAAGCGCGAUAAAGUUUGAGGCAGCGCGACUUCACUUUUUAAGUGACGUUUUUGUAGCCGUCGCCGUUGUUGUUGUUCUCUAUAAGCACACGAGGCGCCAAAUGUUGGGAUUGGCUUGUGAAGGAGUUCGGUACUGAAAAAAGAAAAACCAAUGAAAAAGUUAAAGGUGAACAGAGCAAAAAUAUUGAACGGUUCCUUGUGAACGAAGAGUCUAAUCAAAUUUUUUAGUCACGAAAAUUCGUUCCGUGUCGUGUGAACGUUGGUCUCCCCUGAAGACAUUAGGGAGCUUUAGCAUCGACCACGGAAACUGCAGCGAAAACGUUAGUUUUGAAAUGAAUUCCCGCUUUUUCAAUCUUUGUCGCGUUUAUUCCAAUUUGCUGAAAAUGGCAAGUGUAGACGAAUUUCCCUGGAGUUGAUUUCUUGAGGACCGCACUCAAGUUUAUAGAGAGAAAAAGAGAUUCGUCGUCGCUUGUUUACGUCCUCCAAAAACUUGAUCAGGCAUUUUCACGUCGUAGUCGUGCAGGUCAAAGUUGUUGUUUUGCAUCCUGGACGUCCUCUUUGCCGUCGCCGUCGUCGUUGCUAGAGCUCCCUAAUCUUAAGGACUCGUCACGCGUACCAAAGAUCACGUUAGGUCACAGUUUCAGCUGUAACAACAGGUACCAUAGCCUUUUCUUUUCAUCCCCAGGUCGUGGAGGCAUGGGAAUGCGUGGUAGAGGCCGGGGUCGCAUUCCAAUGGGACCCCCGGGAGUACCUGGCAUGCCCCCCACCGGAGAAUUCCCACAAGGAAUGGACGAAAGGUACCCCUUUUUUAUCAGUCUUCAGAGUACCCGUUAGGGAAGAGAAAUUUAAAAGGCACCGAGUCGAACAAGCAGUAGGUUAAGCUGAGCUCUCAGCUUAAUGGCAGGUCAUCAGUAUGCCCUUUCAGAAGUACAUGUACAUUAAACUCUCUCUUGACAGACGCCAGACGACAGUAUGGACAGCGAAAGCAUCAACUUUGUGAACUGUCUACCUUGAGUUGGGAUUCCACAAUAAAGGAAAACUCAGAAUCAAAUCGCGAUUCAAUUUAGACUUACACCUACCCUUGCUGUCAAUUUAGACUUACACCUACCCUUACUGUCAUGUAAUUAAGAAUCUUUCUUCUUCCUUAUCUUCUUCCAGGGGCCCGAGACCUUUUGAGGAAGGCGCACCCUUUUUCCAUGGAGGUAAGACUAAGCUUUUCACCUUCUUUUAUUUUGCCGCUCUGGAGAACUGGCUCUUGAAUAAACACUAGUUAAUAGAGAGAUUAAGCAUCGCGUUUACGGCAAACGGCGAACAUGAGAUUCAAGUUAAGAAAUUUUCAAAAUGAGUCAUGAGCAGAUAAAAACAGUUUAAAACGUUCUUAUGGAUAGAAUUCGGGUGAAUCUACCGACCUUUUUUUUUUUUUGAACAGUAAACGACAAGUACAUGGAAAACUUGGUCACGUGGUACAAAUUUACGUUUGCCGUUUGCCGAAAACGCAGUGUUUAAUCUCUCUGAUAACGUAAGCGCAUAACGGGAACUAAAAAAGUCACUUUUAUGGAAAUCCAUCAACUCGCCCACUAGAAGAAAUUUUCUUCUCAGUUGAACCGACAACAAUUGCUGGAAGAUUUGCCACAAAGGAACUUAAACCCUUUUCACUUUAAAGAAUGCCAAGAAGCACUUCAAGAAGUCCCAAAUUAUUUUUUUCUUAAAGAAUGAAAUAUAUAUAUCUAUAUUGUUACUAUGCAAAACAACUGCUGAAGAGGUGUUUUUUGACUGGUCACACCUUAGUGUGAAGUUCUUACAGUGAAAAUAAUGAAUAGAUAAUAUCAUAUGGAAAAGGUACUGCUAAAAAGAUAUCAUUUGAAUAGUCAAACCGUAAGAUUUCAUCCACAGACUCCAAAUUUAGAACUAGAAGUGCAACUGAUACCUCUAGUAUUGGCUCGGUGUGUUUUGCUCAAGGUACAUCUGAGAGCGACGGUGCCCUAUCAGAUGAAAAUCUAGUGUUGAAAAUCUGCCAAAAUUCGGACGUGCCUAAAAAUUGUGAAAUAUAGAUUUCUGACCGGUGAAACCACAAAGUAUUGUUGAUGUUUUCAUUUAAAAAGCCUGGUGCCAAAAAGAACCUUCAGUAAAUGCUGAAAGUUGGCAUGUGCCGAGAUCGGUCACUGACAGCACGUGUUUUAGCGUCUCAAAUCUCUUCGAAACUGGACGAGAGUCCCUUAAACACUAUAACAACAGUUGACGGCCAAACCAGAGCAAGUUUCUUUAAAAAGUUUCUUUAAUCACUUAUUUUCGAUCUAAACUUCACACAAAAAAAAGACGACUUUCACUUCACACAUAGACUGAUACCCAAUUUCGUGUAAGUCGGAAAUCAAACAAAAAAACUGUUCUUUUCGUUGCCUCAGGGCAUACCCAACGAAGGGAAAUUGCCAACGUGGGUUAUAUCUCAAUAUAAUUAUCAUUAUAAGAUAUCAAUGAUAUAUCAAUAUAUCAGUAUUCAAUAUAAGAUCGUGCUAUUGACUUUAUCAAAGAUUUAAAGGGCUCUCUCAAGGACAAUUUUUUUUUAUUUUGCUUUUUGGAAAGUCAAUGUCACGAUUAGAUGAAACAAAUCUCUAACAAUUAUUAAACGUAAAAGGUUUGUUGCUUUGAAGAUAGUUCCUACAGUCGGGCGCCAGCGACUUUUCAUGCGCGUUUUCCGCUUUCUGUCAUGUCUUUUUUAGUGACCGGCGCUGCGUGUUUAGCAAAGCAGUUUCCCAAAUAACGUUAAUUACUUUUUUCAAAAGUCGUUUUUAAAUAACAUGCAACUGCAAACGUCGAAGGCGAGGCAAUUGGAGAAUAAUGUUAUUUGAAGCUUAUUUACUAGAAAAACAAACAAGUAAAAAUUAAAUGGGUUGUCAUUUUUCUUUUUCUCGAUUCGUCCUUUACAAAUUUGAAGAGCUACAUAAGGGCUACGUACGUUCCCGUGAAAUUAUUUUUGGCGGGAAACUGAGAAGGCGACAACACCUGUUUCCCACCAUUUUCACACAUAUCACGCAGCUUCGACUAACUGAUCUUUUUUGUUUUCCUUUUUUACUAAAAGCUUUUUUCUUUUUUUCCCUGGUUUGUUUUCUCCAUUCUCUUUCCUGUUGUCGAUUUGUAAGAGAUAAACCCACUGAAAGCUUAAGUUUGUUGUAUUUAUUCUAUGGUUAAACCCGCGACAGCAUGGGUACAAUUUAGGAAGAAAGCUCUUUCAAUUAUCAUUAUUGAGAAUGUUUGAGAGAUUAUUCCGGUUAUGUAAUUGUGUCUCAUAUGCAGUUUACGGAAGAUAUAUUUGAAAACCUGCCUGUAAACUAUUUCAACAUCACUGUAUGGUUAUUUUUGUCUACGAAUGUCCCUCUCUUUGGCAAUUUCAGUUGGUUAACAAAAGUUGUGUAAACCGUUUUGAAAAUAGCCAUUUUUCGCAUCCGUGAAUAGCUUCUCUUUUGCUACGCUUGUUAAAGUGAAUAAUUGUAAACAUCCUGUUCUAUUACUUCAGCGCUUGGAAGCAAAAAUUGUUAUUUGUUGUGAGGAAGAUGGUGUGUAUUCCGUCAAUACAAAAACCGAUUCUUUUAAUUUUACUUCUCAUUCGUUACGUGUGUGUUUCAAUUUCCCCGUGAUCGCACGUUUUAAUUUUGUUCCCUUUAGCGCUUAAAAAAAAAUUGUUAUUUAUUGUAAGGAAGAUGGUGUAUAUUCUAUCUGAUACAAAAAGUGAAUCUUUUAAUUUUACUCCCCAUCGUUAUGUGUUUCAAUUUCCCCGUGGUCGCGCGUUUUACUUUUGUUCCCUUUAGCGCUUGAUUUUGUAACGCGUUACUCGCCAGUGCAACCGAAAAUUUGGCUCUGUUAGAAACAUUUUCUCCCGCCGAUGUCAGGCGACAUAUGAUAUAAAGUGAAGGUGACAUCUUUACUGAUUACUCAGGACAUGACAUAUCAUGGCGCACUUUUAAAUGACAGAUUAUAUCAGUUAACUCAAACCAUGCUUGUUUUAAAGCGACUUUAUUUAAUCUGAAGGCUGAACUAACAUUUUCAUCUCUUACUUAAGGGCUCUUGUAACCUAAUGCUACAUUCUGCGAAAGCACCGUAGUUAAGAAUAGUCGCCUCUUGAUCGUUGGAGAGACCAUUUCUUGAUCUUCAAUCUACAACCUGUCCUUCGUUAAUGUGUUUUACUGUGAAGAAACAUAAAUUGUUUCGGCUAAUGUCAAAAGCUGCUUGAAGCUAACAAUAUACAAACCAUAUCACGUUUAAACCGACUUUUAUCGCAUUUAGAUCACUUCUGGACGGAUGUUUUUUUAAUGCAUGUAUGCAUAUCAUUUCUGCAUUUUAAAUUCGCUCUUGCAGACUCUUUAAGACCAGACACGUAUUGUUUUCAUUAUUUUGGCUUUUAAGUUUUGCUUCUUAUUUAUCUCGCUUAUCGGCGUAGCUUCUUCAAAAUGUCGUGAUAUUGCGGAAUUUUCAGUCAGAAAUCUUUCCACGCUCAAGUGUCUUGCAAUGAAAUUUAUCUUUCGUGGGUCUGCAGGGUUUUAAUUUACAGGUGUUCCGAGUCGAUGCGUGUGUAUAUAGAAGAGCUAUUACUUAAAGUAAACCGAAGUUUUCAAAUUUCCUUCAUUUUCCCCAAUUGCCGUAGGUUUUUUUCGGCGCCAUCUCGCCGUGAAAACUGAUUAACUAUAUAUUUUGAUUGCAAUUGCUGUACAUGGUAUGUCAAUUUGGAUUCAUUCAUUUUUAACUACAGUGCGCUUUUGUUCUGUUUAAUGCUAUAGUUAUCCAGCAGCUUCUUUUUGUAUUUUUUUUGUUUUGUUCGUUAUGUCGCAUGAUUGCGUUGUUUGACUUCAAUUUUCCCUUCAGGUGAAACAUUUAGGGUUCUUAAAAAAACUGUAUGUCAAAUAUUUAUGAAAAAAAGAAAAGAAAGAAACUGAAAGAAAAUACGUUUUAUUACCUGCAGUAAUGCUAAACCUGGCGUUGUAGCUUGUCAACUUCAUCACUGAAAAGUCUUUUAAAAGACUCCACAACGAUAAUUUAAUUCCACCCUCUAAUUGUGGCUGCUGGCGCUCUGAAAAUGCCAGAAAUUUGAAUAUCGCUUCGGUUCGUUUGUCCUUAUCAACCUCCUAUCCUAUCCAUUACAGCAACAUUGUCAUUCAAAUGACACCGUGGAUGAUUGCUCUUGCUAGAACCCAAAAUGACAGCUAGUGCAUAUUGUUGUCAUUGGUGUUAUUAGUAGUAUCUCUAUGCAUAGAUUUAUUCCAUAUUUUACGUCACCGUGGUUUAUGCGAGAUAUUUGGUGGUAUCGUCUGUCAAAGAGUAGUCAUUCUCUGCUGUUUCACCGCGGGAAGUGUUCUAGGUCUCACGCCAGUCAGUGGCAAAUCGCUCGGUUAAUUUUGUUCAUUCGCACAGGGCCGUGUUAAUUGACCAACAGGAGGGCUGUCGACACGAGAUUUUUAGAGCAGAUCGGAAGGCUAACCAUAACGGCCUGAUCAUUUGUAACUUUUCAUUUGGCGCUGUAACUGUUUCGAAGUCAAUCAGACGAUUAGUAUUCAAUUGGUGAAGUAUUGCCCCGAGUUGAUAUCACGGCUGCGGUACUGAUUUUUGGGCCAACUUACUCCUUGGUGCGAACGUUAAGUAACAACAACAACAACAACACAAGAUUCGCAUCGGCGGAAGUCUGACUUAACGUGUAUCGAUCAUUUCAGGGGAAACUUUCGAACUUCAAGGAAGACGAGACCAUUAGAGUUGAAGCUAUCACGACGCUGAGAUGAACGAAAGCGCGACAAGUCAAGUACAGUUUCUUCAGUUCUAUAUAGAACCCUUCCCGUUGCAGCUCGUUCGCUUCAUCCUGGACGCUGCCAUUUUCUUGUUCGGAGUACUUGGCAAUGGUUUGGUCUGUGUGGUGAUAAUCAGAGAGAAUCUAUUCCGCUCUCUCGCUUACUGUCUUAUUUUUAAUUUGGCCGUUAGUGAUCUUGGCGUGAUAUUAUUCAGCCUUCCCUUUGGUGUACUCCGAACCGAGGACAUUCCUUGGCCGUUUGGUGAGUUUGGCUGUAAAGUUCUGUACCCGCUAAGCGACAUUUUCCAUGGGGUUUCCAUCGCGAGCAUCACGGCCAUCGCCGUGUUCCGGUACCGAGGGAUAAUCUCCGGGCAUAGCAUGAGCCAGAAGAGUGCGGUGAAGAAAGCCAAGAUUGUAAUUCUCCUUAUCUGGUUUUUCUCUUUUAUUUUAUUUGUCCUGCCAUUGUUCUUUGUCAUGGCGUACGGACAUGACAGACGAGGAGAAAUGUACUGCCUUCCGAGGUUUCCGGACGUGUUGUACUACAAGUUGUACCAGGCGGAGACCGUACUGUUAACGUACCUCUUACCCCUGGGAAUUAUCCUUUUCACCUACCUCCGCAUUCGUAGUAGGUUACACGAGAGUAUUGCUCUUCAUAGCAAAAUCCGCCGGGAAUCUCGCAGCACCACUGCCUCGCAGAGAGGCCGAACGCGAACCGCAAGUGAUCGAAAUUUCAAAGCGCUGAGAGUCCUGACGCCGGUGGUGGUGGUUUUCGCGGUUACUAUGCUACCCUACAACGUAUUCCGGGUCAUCGACAUAUUUUUGGACACAUCGCGAUUUGAAUACUUGCUGCUGUUCUUUAAGAUCUGCAUCCUAUUUUUCGUCUGCAACAGUUCGGCUAAUCCUCUGAUAUACGCCCUGUUCAGCGAGGAAUUCCGCAAGGCGUUUAAGUGGCACCUACGGCAUUGCUCCUUUUCCAAAAGUCCCUCUAGGCUAUUCUCAUUCUCUGAGAAAGUUACCUCGAUUCGUCAGCGCCGGUCAUUCUUUUCCCGCGCAAGCGCGCGAAAUAAAGAGCAACCUAGUUCUUCGAACUCGGACGUUUUUGUGUAGUAGUUCGUCGCUUGUUAAUCGGAAAUCCCAAUUGUCACUAUUCGUUUUAUUUCUCAUUAUUAACAUAGCCUGCUACGCAAACUAAUGUUAACAUCGUAUAUUACGAUGCAAUUCAGAGUUUUACGUAAACCUUAUAAUGCGGUUUCAGUCUUUGGCUUUGCGAAUGAAAUCAAAUGUGAAUUAGGUACUGACCUCCGGGUAUGACCGGUAGUUAGGUUUUGGUGGUGGUAAUAAUGCUAUAACACAUUAAUCUGAGGUCGACAUUAUUUUAAAGUGUAUUCGUCAAAUUGAAUAAUGACGACAACUUUCAUGUGGUUCCAUUUCUUUCAAUUUUAUUGCCUGGUUUGGCAAAAUUUGUACUUGGACCACGUUGCGUGUUGUUAUUUUUAUCAUAUAUGGCCUAACAGCUGGAAGGCGUGUACUAGCCAAAUUGGAUUUUCCAAACACGAUCACGUUAAUGGAUUUAAAUAACGAGAAUUCGCGGUUCCUGGAGUGAACAAAAGAAUUGCGAAAUAUUGCAAAGUAAAGACGCAGAUAACGUAAAUAUAAAUGUAAGACAAAAGAAAGUACUCUACUGUAAACAACGUUGUACUUUAGGAAUCUGGGGUAGCCCACCUCUCCCCCGCAGUUAUUAUUUUCAAACGCGCGGUGACCAUCUCUAAUAAAGAGAAAAUAUAGGUUCUAUGAACAAGCUAAGUCUGGGGCAAAAUUUUUAAGCGCACCCCUAAACGCGAACACUUUAAAUGUGGCGUAUACUACUCUCGGCUUCGCUUUGUACUGUGCGCUGUGCGCCCAUGAGUUUUGUUGUCUUUUAUUUGCUAAGAAAAUCCGUUCGAAUUGAAUGUGUCAGUCAAUUAUCCAGAUGUUUUCUUCCUAAUUUUUUAGGCAUAUUUAAUGUUUAGUGAUAAAAAUAUUAAAUUUUAACUUCUCAGGAUUGUAGAUCCUUUAUUUAAAUGAAAGACCAUUUUACGCUGGUCAAGCUUAUUUUAAACCAGAGAUGUGAAAUUAAAAGUAUAGUUAAUCAUAAAAUGUCGACGUUUAUGUCUAACUGUACAUUAUCGCAUGAACUCUCAUUUGGGACAGAAAUAUUAUAGUCUCAUGCAUUUAUAGCUCGAUAUCACCUUGUGGCUUUGUUAAUUACGCAAAGUAGUUUUUGUCCUAUGAAAAAUUGCUCAGUAAUUUCUUCAUUAUGGGAAGAUUCAAACAUAGGCGUUCGACAUGAAAUGACUCUUCAGAAUGUAUUUUUCAGGAAGUUUCCUCUUGUUCUCUAGAAGAAGUGCAGAGUUGUUCGCGUUGAAAGAAAAAAAGUAGCACCGCAAAAAAAAAUUCUGGUCAGUGGCUGUCGUCUGUUGAAACGGUAGCAUUAGACAGAAUGAAACGCAAAAGCAUAUGAAGAGGCCCGCGCGUGUCGAGAUUUUUGGGGGGCGCUACAGUGUCUCUAAUCUGUAGAACACUGGCACCUAUUUUCACAGUAAUAAUACGGAAAAUCCCAAGACUAUUUUAUUUGUCAACGACAAGAAAAAAGAAAACGGCCAACUUUUGGAACUAUUCAACAAUGUCAAUGUCUCUUGAGUGAGAAAGAUGUAUUCAAGAUCUGUCUUUUUGUCUAGGACAAAACUGAUACUAUUAAACUUGUUCAUACUGCAUUCUUUCUUUAAGCCAUAUCACUUGAUUACCUAUCUCAAAUUUAAUAUCAGAAGCUCCACUUGUGUAAGUUCCCUGUUGGAGUGCCAGUGGGGUUGGGGGGAGGGGUCUGAGAGUUGUUGUAACCCUUAUCUCAGGCCUGAACGGCACAAAACCCCUGCCUUUUCGGCGGUACAUACCUAUAUGGCUUAUAUAGGGGAGUACUUCCCCUCCCCCCAAACCGCCAUUUUUUGUUGUCCCAUUUUCUGUCAAAUAGAUUGUCCUACAACCCUACGCAUUAUUAUCGGUAGACAAAACAGGACAAGACAAUCUUUUUAUUUGGGGCCUUAUACCAUCUGUUGUAUUAACCGCUUUCCAAAAAAAUAUAGUAUAUACUGUACUAUAGUAUAUACUAGUUAUUCACUCCACGGUAUCUCUAAAAUGUUUUCGCUAGUCUUUCCUUACCCUUAAAACCUUUACAGUGCUUCUUGUUUAAUAUUCAACAAACAAAUGAAAUGAGCUCCAUAAAACUCCCCACGUUAUGGAGACUUAAUGUUGUUUCUCACCAAUACUAGCUGUUGCAGGCGCAUUGUUUAUGUUGGCGUCUAAAACGGGGAAAACAUUUGGCUGUGUUCAGUGUUUUGUGUCAUUUUUAAAGUUAAAGUUUAUGCCCUCGAGAGGGCAAUUUAUAUAUAUAUUGAAUGUGUUGUGGCUACUCUGUAUAUCCACAAUGAUUUUCGUGACAGACACAUUUGAUUUUUGAUAACCAGAUUUUACAACUGUUAAAUUAAGAUAAACCUCUAACCUCGGGAUAUUGUGUUAUUAUCUAUAAACAGCAAUUGAGGGAAAAGUUGAGGGAAAAACAGUAACAAUAUUAAAUCGAUAAAGUGACUUUAAUUAAAAUUUUGUUGCUACAAAUCAACACGCAAGUUACUUUUUCUUGUUUAUUUUCUUUUUUUAUACUGCUCAAGAAUCCCUGACGUUUCGCCACACACACGUAAAGUACCUAAUAAAUUUCUCUUGCCAUUUUCCUUUCCAAAGUAAUUAAUGUUGACAUUUCGUAAACUUUGCUAUUUUAGUAUUAACUUUUUGACAGUAGUCGUUCUAUUUUGUCAUUAUUUACACCGACGCGCUCCAGAUCAAAGCGUGGCUAUAUUUUUUACUAAAUCUCCCUUCCUGCUCAUUUUUUGGUCUGUACAUGGAAAAUGCCCAAAACAAAACGCUUUUGCUGUCUAACCUUUUUUAUCUUUUGAUUUCCGUGUCGCAAAUUGUGACCCUUUCACCCAAGAUUGUUACUUAACAAGAAUGUUUUUUUUUUGGUUUUCUUCAAUUGAAAGAUUUUGAACAGUUGGAAUAUUACUGUAAUUACGUUUAUGAGCUUUACAAGGUGGUUUUAACUUUGGACUAUGUAUAUGAAUUCUUUCAUGACUUUUGGUGACCUUUGGUGUCGAUUCAACUAAGCCGUUCUUUCCCGUAGUGCUUUUUACAAGGUCGUGGUUCUAACUUUUAAGUCUGUGGACGGAUGAAAACCCUGAAGUGUGACCACUCAUAUAGAAAGUGCUGAACAGUACUUUCCUACAGCGUCUUUUCUUUUUGUUGUCGUUGUUGUCUUUCCUUUUUUUUUUCAAACUUUUCCAAGAAAAAAAAGGAAGAAGAAGAAUUUAGAGCGUUUUGUUUUCAAUUUAAUCUUUUAUUUGUUAUAUCAAUAGUUUAAUAUCAGAGGCCCUUAGCAGGGGAAGUGAACCUGUUUACUCUAAUGUGGCAGUUAUGUCUGGCUUUUAGCGACAUAGGAAAUUGAUUUUAGAGCGUUUUGUCGUUGUCAUGCUAGGUGAAGCAAACAUAUCAUUCUGUGAAUGUGCUGAGUGUUUUGAUAAACCUUUGAUUGCCAUGCCUUAAAUAGUUUUUACUUCUCGUCAUCGAGUUAAUGCGCUUAGAUCCGCUUGAAGAUGAAGGGCCAGCAUGUUUCAUCCCAAAAAAUUGGCUUUGUCAGCGUAGGUUUUAGAUAAAUCUUUUCAUUGCUUUAUCCUGAGUAAUCGGAUUCGUACUAGCAAAGAUGGUAUUGUCUAGCCAUUUUUGACAAGGAUGGUUGGUGAUUUGUAUUUUUCACUCACAUCUUUCACAUCUUUUCUUUGCAAAGGAGAUUUCUAAGAAACCUUUUCUACAGUUUUUACGCCAUAUAGAAAUAUCAUGAGCAAUGGUAUGAGAUUUUUUUUUUAGCAUUAAGCGUUAUACCCCAUGCGAUGCCCAGUUACACAGAACUUAGAACGAGGAAAGAAACUUUUGCUUUCAAGCUGGUAAGAUAUCCGAUCUGUGUGUGUUCUCUUAUACAAACUGCAUUCUUCCUUUGUUUGCUAACAAUUCAAUGCGUUUUCAGAACCGUGAAAUUGACCGGUUCGUUAAAGGAUCUAAACUGGAUCUCGUAAAACGACAGUCUUGGGUAAAGUUGCCUCUAGAAAAAUUGUUCGCGUAUAGAAGUUAUAAAAUACCAUAUUUGACAGAUGGCUAAUUAAAAUCGGAUUUUUUAUAGAUGCUAUCUUAGGUAUAUGUUGAAUAUUGAAUAUGAUGGCAUCCCACUACUGAGUUUAAACGGUAUUUCGUAAUGUAAGUUUCGAGUUCUCGUUUGAGAAUUGAUCAGUAAGGGAAAAGAUCAAAGGUCACUUGAAAAAUUCUAAUUACAGCAUUUUAUCAGCUGCUGAUUCACACAGCAAUUCAAUAAAUGAUUAAACUUAGAUCAAUUCUUAAUCUUCUUUCAGUCAAGAAGCGUUGACUGAAACUAAAAAAUGAAAAUAUUCGCGGACGUAAACAGUUUUGAAACACUUGACAAACAAGGAACAAAAGGUAUUCAGAAAGAGACUUACAGCCUGUUUAUGUGGAGGUGGGCGACCCCAAGUAGGUGUGGUAACGCGCUUAGGUGAGGUAACUCGCCUGUCCAUAUAAUCUCUUAUUUUAAUUUGAUCACGUUUACAUGUUAGGUGGGGUGACCGGCCGCGGGUUACCUCACCUACGUGGGCCCCCCGGUUCCAUGUAAACAAGCCCUCACAUGCAUUUAAAAAGACACGAGGAGCCGGAUAUGUAUAAACUUGGUCUUUAUGUAGAAGGGCUUUGUGACGAGGAUAUUGCUGUCUCAGGUCAAUUCUGUGCUAGACUUCGAGUAGUCCCCUAUUUGUCCUCAGGAUAGUAGAGCGAGCGAAACGCGAGCGCACGUGAAAAUCACCCCACGCGAGAAAAGGCGACACGCGGCUGGGAGAGAGAAAAAUCAUUUUUCUUUCUCCCCGCCGCGUGUCGCCUUUUCUCUCGUGGGGUGAUUUUCACGCGCGCUUGCGUUUCGCUCGCUCUACUAUCCCUGAGGACAAAUGGGGGACUACUAGUAGUCUAAUUCUGUGCUGAAGUCAUUACGUAGUACCUUUACCCAUACACAAAAUACCCCUGUAGAUUUGUGAAGAAUUUAUCAAACAAAUGUUAUCAGGGAGCACUCACCAUAUCAAUUCUCGUGGGGGGUGGGGGGAGGGAUUUUUGAUUUUUAGCAUUGGCCCAACUUUUUCAAGUGUCAGUCCAUUUUCAUCCUUACCUUCCGUUUAGAAUUCAACAUUGCCAAAACAGUCUUAAAAUAUUAAAACAUUUGACAAUUAUGAAAGAUGAUAAAAGAUUUGGAAACAGAUAAGCGCGAUCAAAAAUUUGAGGGAUUACCGACAAUCUUGAAGUAAUCAGGUGUUUAUGUUGUCAAAUGGUUUGAAAUCUCGACAUGAAAUGAUAUGAUAAUUCCCAGUCCUACGUCUGUAUAAAGACCAUGUCUUCUAUUUUUCUGAAAUUUUGCGUACAAACGAGCUGCAAAUUUUAACGUGAAAGCGUAAACAAGACAAAUUUUUUUUUUCCGACCCCCUCCCCCCUCUCUUAUCUGUCUGGAUAACCCCUUCCCCCUCUCCAUUAUCUGAUGGUCUGGAUCUACCACUGGAAAGUAGAACGAGAACACAAGACAAACCUCUUUUUCUUUUGCUGAACUUUCAUACAGUUCUUUACAACGUGGCCCACAUUUGACGAAUGAAAUGAGAUGGAAUAAGCGCAAUAAAGUUUGAGGCCUCUAUCCCCUUAAGGAAAUUUCCACUCUCCAGUUGUACAUCGAACGUAGACAAAAUGAGACUUAUUACUUGAAGGUCACGAAAAAAAGUUGAACCUCGCUCACAGGCAAAGAAAUGACCAAGCAGGCAAAAGAACCAAGCAGGAAAAAUAAAGAAGUUCCUAAUUAAUCAGCUAUUUUCAGUAGAAUGUUUAAGGAGGCAUUGGAGCCACUUCUUGGCAAAUUGUAACUGUAAUUAACCAAUCUUAAAGGGCGCUUCCCAUUUGUCAGAACUGACCGGAAAGACCAUUCCGGUCGUUAUGAGAAAUUCACUUUUAAUCAUAACUAUUCAGUCAGAUCAGUGAAAUUUUAAAUAGUAUGUACCAAUGAGAGGGUUUUUCACCGAAAACGUUUCGAAAAUAUAACAAAGUAUUUUUCAUUGUCAAAAUGAAAUCAGUUACCUUUCAGCCUUUCCUGGGGCUUCGUUUGAUUGAAAUGGAAAAUAUACGUGACCCACUGUUUCCGUUUUGCGCAACUAAGCAAGCAGAACCGUACCAUUCUGGCUGUAAUUUCCUGAUCAUGUAGUCGUUGUCGAAUGGGCUCUUCUUAAUGGUAUUCUAAUCUUUCGAAUAAACCUGCGUCAGACAGAAUAUGACUGAGGCGCCAUUAAAGUUUUUGUGAUCACUUUUCGAGUGUUUGUUUAAUUAAGUUUUUGAUGGUUAUAUGAGUUUCCUUUACGUAUGUCCUCUCGCGCGCGACAGUAUCCAUUAUUUAACAUUGAGAUUUAGUACUACUUUGAAAAGUGUGAGAGAACAGAGACAACUGUGUUAAAAAAGGGUCUCUGACUAAGGUCGGAAAAGGUCGGGCCGUUGUUGUUUUGCUAUUUUUUUUUCUUGGAAGUUGCUCAAAAGACUGAAAAAAACAGUGACUCUCGCACAAUUUGUAAUAUAACUUAUUGUUCGGUAAGAAAGAGGAAAUUUCUGCUUGAUCAUCAAUUAAAAACUACGGUCAAACCUCCAUGUGCGAAUACCUCUCAUAAGUAACCACCUGCCAUAAACGACCGCCGAUCCAAAACACCAUUUUUGCCAGUCAAAGCCUUAAAGUUGGAACCUCCUGUAUGCGACCGCGACCACUUUUGGGCCUGACGGUUAAUGAUUUUCUAUUGUUUUUAACCUUGACGCAUUGUCUUAUCUCUAUGUUCGCUGUGUGCACUAUGCUACUUAGAAUAUACAAAGAACAUUGGUGACAACUACACAUGUCGUAACUUAGACAUUGCAUGCAAUGAUUUAUCUUCCAUAAAGUAGAUGUGCCUGGACCUCUUCUCGUAAGAGGCCCCGUGAGGUUCGAUUCUUGUAAGCGACCACCUCCCGUAAGCGACCACUCAGUCUCUGCAUUUUGGGUGGUCUCUUACGGGAGGUUCGACUGUAUUGUAAUUUUAGCGUAGUUGGCAAAAAUCUGAGCAAAUUCCCGGUAUACUCUCCUUUAAAUUGUACCAAAAACAAACUAUCACCGCGACCUGAAGACACAAAUUCGGGACUUGAUAGUAAUGCACUGCGCGCCUGGCUCACGGUUUGAAAAACAAGCGUGUAUCCAGCCAUCUUGAAGUAUUAGCUUCAAAGGAUGCAUAGCUGUUCAUAUCGUUCCCCCCUUUUUUCCCCUCUUUCUUUCCCCCUUCUAAUUGCCCAUAGUAUCCUUGUUUCUUAAAUUGAUUCUACUCAAUUAUUUAUAAUUGUAUUGUCACAACCCAGACAACCUUGUGUUUUAUGAAAACUUACAUGUGAGUUUAUGGGGAAGCUUUACUUUUGUUGAUGGGUUGCCUUUGUUUGGGUGAGCAAUGAGCCCAUAACCUGGAGCGAAUAACUCAGUCCAAUACAUGGCUUAGAUCACGUAUUCGUCGCUUGCAUACCGUAAAAUUCCGAAAAUAAGCCCCUCCAAAUAUAAGCCCCCCAUACUCGUAACGCAAAAAACCCUCCGUUAAAUCGCCCCUCCGAAUAUAAGCCCCGCCGGGGGCUUGUACUUGGAAAUUACCCUCAAAUACAAAGCAAAACAAAGAAAAAACGGUAAAUUUCAUUCCAACUAUGAGGCUAGCCCAGUCGAUUUUGAAACGCAAAUUUCCCUCCGUAGAUAAGCCCCUCCGAAUAUAAGCCCCUCCAAAAAUAAGCCCCUAAAAAAGGGCCUUUGAAAAAUAUAAGCCCCGGGGCUUAUUUUCGGAAUUUUACGGUAUCUCCCAAAACGCACCUUGUUUGCCCCACACUUUUGCCGCACCAAAUAAACACUGCCGUACCAAAUUGAUUCAGACGCCACUCUUUUGCCGUACUUAAUUCAUCAGUUAGGUUCGGCACAUGAGUGGAGCGGCGUCUGAAUCGGGCCUUAGAUACACUUUGGAGCACUAUGGGCUCCUGGGUAGGUAUUGUAACCCCAACACCAAGCACCGUUGUUAUGGUUACUUGCAGAUCCCAACCAACCGUUCCACCCAAUGAUGGGUCCUCCUCCCGGCAUGCCCUGGGAACCAGGAAUGGGUCGCGGGUUCCCACCUGGAUUUCGCGGCGGCGAAGGUUUCCCAGGCGCACUCGGCAGACAAGGCAGCGAGAGUCCUGAUGACGAUAGCGAGUAUGGCAGUAGCGAAGAAGACAGAAAACGGGAUCGAGACUCGCACAGACGGAGGGACAGAGAUCGGGAAAGAUCUCGAGAACAUCGCGAAAGGUAAGAUCAUAAAAGGCAAGGAAACCUUCAACUUAUUAAUUGGGUCUAGAUACUCGAAGAAGAGGAGGGACGGAAAUCGGUACAGAUUCUGAGAACAUCGCGAUAGUUAAAGAUCAUAACAGACAACGAAACCUUCAACUUUUCAGUUGAGUCUCGAGUCUCGCUCAGACCGAGGGACAGAUAUCGGUACAGAUCCCGAGAACAUCGCGAUAGUUAAGAUCAUAAAAGACAAUGAAAUCUCCAACUUUCUAUUUUGGUCUCGAGACUCACAAAGACGGAGGGACAAAUAUCGGUACAGAUCCCGAGAACAUCGCGAUAGGUAAGAUUAUGAAAGGUAGUGAAAUCUCCAGCGUUUUUGCGGUUCUGACUCAUAAUGUGAGCAUCACGAGGUUCUGUUCUUUUUGCAGGAAUCGUGACCGGUCUCCGCGUAGAGAACGUGACCGUGACAGAGAUAGGCGUGACAGAGAAAGACGGCAUCGUGACCGCGACAAAAGCGACCGUGACAGACGAGAGGUAAGGACACCUACUUAAACGACCCAUUUCUAUUGGCUGCUACUGAUGUUUUCCAACGCUCACCAGAAACGAAGGCCAGCUCAAGUUUUGAAAUGGCGAAAUUGUAGACAAGAUUGAAUACACAAAUGUUUUCAUAGAAAUAAAGAAAGGCACUUAACGCCUUACCCUUUUAUUUUAAUUACAGUCUUUUUCAGCUCUUCUGCAGCGCUUUUCUUGCGUAACAUGUUUUCACUUUGAGCUGUAACUGGUCUUAACCCAGUAACUUUGUUAACUAUCAUCAGCGUGAAAAGAUGACAAUGGUGAUUUUUUCAAAUUAGAAAUAUUUUUUUCUUUCCUCUAAAUUCAGCGUUUAAUUGGCUGUUUUUCCUCCUUCAGGAACGUUCGUCUCGAAAAGACAGAGAUAAAUCCAAGGAACAGAGAGAAAAGUAAGUGACUACUGCUUCAGUUUUUUAUGCUUUUGUGCUCGUGUGUGUUUCCUUAAGGAAAGGGAGACCAUGGAAAAGAACGCGAUAUUUGCAUCAGCAAAGGAACUUUGAGAAAACAGUUUGAUUGGCUUAGCAUUAACCAUGUCUUGUUUGGCGAGCGUGCAAAUUGUUCAGAAAACGGUGCCUUGCAUUUGCCUCUGGAUAAUCGUGGGGAGAGAGUGCGCAAACAUAAUCUCGCGCAAGGAAGUGCGACGAACGGGACAUCCAAUUUUCUCUUCUUCUUACCUCACUCCCUCCCCCUUCUCUUCCCUCAAUCGCACAUACCCACUGCCGUUUUCUACCGUUUGGUCGUAUCCUCCCAUAACGAGAGGAGAUUUUUUCGUAGUUUGACGUGAACGUCAGCUCGACGAUCCCUUCGAGAAACGAGUCGCCACUUUCUUCUGCUAGCGACAUUGCACUUCAUGUGUGCCAUUCACAUUGCUUCCCUUCCGCAAUUAGCCUGCGAAAACAGCCGUUUCUCCACGCUCCUCUCCGCUGGGGACAUCUCGCGAGGAUGAACGUCUGCGUCUCAGCGACAGAAAUUUCAUACUGAUGACGUAAUAUCUGUCCGGAAUCCGGUCAUAAGCGCUGAUUGGACGACGGAGUAGUUGCAUUGUUUUAGCUAUUGUUUACGAAUGACAGACCAGACAAAAGACAAAAGGCUACAAAGGUCAAAUGUAAGCGCGAUGAAUCCAUAACAAAACAGUCAAUGUUUGUGGAAUAUGUUCUUCUCUAGAAGAAGCAUUUGAGUUUUGCUCGAUCUCGUUCGCAGAUGAACACAACACUUUACCAAAAUUGACCAGGAGUAACAUAAAAUUGAUCAAAUGUGCAUUUGGAACCCCGUGACUACCGGAUUUAUUUUGUAAACAUUGAUUUACGUCAUCAGUAUGAAAUUUCAGUCGCCAAGUCGCAGACGUUCCCCCUUGCAAAACGUCGCCAGCGGCGAGUAGCGAGGAGCAACGUCUGUUUUCGCAGGCUAUUCCGUGAUCCACCAGUUUUAAUACCCACGACUUGUUCCCUCGUAGCUUAGUCGGUAGAGGAACGGCAGAUCUACUCCGAAAGUCUUGGGUUCCAAUAUCACCGAAAUUAGAAGAUUUUAUUUAUUUGUGUCGAGAACUCUUUUUACCUCUCUUUGUCACUAAGGCUAACUGGGUUGUUUUCCAUGCUUCCAGAAAAAGACACAGCAAGAAUGCCAGCUCCGAAACUUCCGGCGGAGGCCCGGAGGAGGGUGAACUAGUACCGACAAAGAAGAAGAGCCGAAGGACGCGCGAGUCGAAAGAACCGAAGAACGAGAAUACUGAGCCAAGAGAGGAGGGUCAGCGGACUCCUACACCAUGAGCAUGUGCUACUUUGUGGUUUUGAUGGGCAGACAGAUCGCGAGCGCGAAAUUAUGGCGCAGUCGUGGUUUCUUGAGAUUUGGUGCUCAGUGUUUUCGGACUAUGAGCGUUACUUUUACGAUGUCGUUAAAACUUUGUACAGAGCAAAUGGAUGCAGAAGAGAGAUGUUCAACUCGGCAAUUGUUUUACCAAAGAGGAAAAGGUCUCUUGAAAGUGCUGGACAAGCACUAAAAGGAAACUUGAGUUAAGCGGACACGGGGGGCGAGUCACGCGGAUAUCCGCUUGAUACAGGUUUCACUCUACAGCGACUUUGGUGUCCAUGUUGUCUCUGAUCGAACAUUCUCUCGAGAUGAAACACGUCUAUUUUGCCAUCGCGAAUGCGUCAAUUAACGUCAAUUCGUAUAUUAAUUGUCACAACAACCACAGAAAAAGUUUCGCAAGACCAAACCCGUGUACAGAGGUCGUAGCAAUAUUGUGUAUAUAAGGUUGUUGUACGAAACCUUCACCUGUUAU